AGGGUGAAAAGGAGAGAGAGGGAGAGGGAGAGAGAACCAAGUGUGGAAGGAGGCGGAGGGCGUUCCGUGGCAUCACGAUGUGACUGCUGCUGCCCGAUAAUCUUGCUUCGGGCUCCCUGAGUCAACAAUUUACGGAGGUGCCUUUUCUUUUACAAAAGGAUGUCAGCUCAGAGACCCAGCAAGAAAUAACAGACUUCACCUUGGAAUAGCUCACCUCACUCCUGCAUCAUUAAAGCGGAUUUUGUCAAGAAAACAAAAAUCAGCCCCCCGUUCCAGCUCCUGCUCUUUCCACCCCUGAACAGAAAGUGUUUCCUGCUCCAGGAUUCAAGCACAACAACUUAUAGGAAGAAAACAUAUCACCAAAUAUUGAUAGAGGAAAUUUAAAGGAUGAAAAUGGUCACUUGUGUUUCUCUACUCUGAAGACUUAGAAUCAGACAACUCCAGCUUCGAUUCUCCGGGUGCUUCAGGAUGUAAAUACUGUCUGACUUUUCCCCUGUGGGCAGUCAAAUCAUGGACACGAGAAGCUGUUUACUUUGGACUGUCCUUCCAAAGGAUGCUUUGAAUGCGCACUAAGCAUUUAUAGCUGACAAGGAAACGAAGGGCAAUUGUGAACUGGAAAGCUGUCUUACAAUGAAAAUUACGAGUACCUCUUGCAUCUGUCCAGUGCUAGUGUGUCUCUGCUUUGUGCAGAGGUGUGACGGGACUGCCCACCACGGCUCCAUCAAGGUGACCAGAAACCAAACCAAACACCCAGAAGGGGAAACCGAAGUCCACCACCGCCCCAAAAGGGGAUGGGUAUGGAAUCAGUUCUUUGUUUUAGAAGAACACAUGGGACCAGAUCCACAAUAUGUUGGAAAACUGCACUCCAACUCUGACAAAGGUGAUGGGUCUGUCAAGUACAUUCUGACUGGAGAAGGUGCCGGGACGAUAUUCAUCAUUGAUGACACCACAGGGGACAUCCAUUCAACCAAAAGCCUAGACAGAGAGCAGAAGACGCACUACGUGCUGCACGCCCAGGCCAUUGACAGACGGACCAACAAGCCCCUGGAACCCGAAUCCGAGUUCAUCAUCAAAGUGCAAGACAUCAACGACAACGCUCCCCAGUUCACAGAUGGGCCGUACAUCGUCACUGUGCCUGAAAUGUCAGACAUGGGUACCUCUGUUCUACAGGUGACGGCCACAGAUGCAGAUGACCCUACCUAUGGCAACAGCGCUCGAGUUGUUUACAGCAUUCUCCAGGGCCAGCCCUACUUCUCUGUAGACCCUAAGACAGGAGUUAUUAGAACAGCUUUACACAAUAUGGACAGAGAAGCCAGAGAACACUAUUCUGUGGUCAUUCAAGCCAAAGACAUGGCUGGACAAGUUGGAGGGCUUUCAGGAUCCACGACAGUCAACAUUACCUUGACCGAUGUCAAUGACAACCCACCGCGAUUCCCUCAAAAACAUUAUCAACUGUAUGUUCCCGAGUCAGCUCAAGUUGGUUCAGCAAUUGGAAAAAUCAAGGCGAAUGAUGCGGACACUGGCUCAAAUGCUGAUAUGACUUACUCCAUCAUAAAUGGGGAUGGUGUUGGGAUAUUCUCUAUCUCCACAGACAAAGACACCAGGGAAGGGAUCCUUUCUUUAAAGAAGCCAUUGAACUAUGAGAAAAAGAAGUCAUAUACCCUCAACAUAGAAGGAGCAAAUACACACCUUGAUUUUCGAUUUUCUCACUUGGGUCCUUUUAAAGAUGCUACCAUACUGAAGAUCAUUGUUGGAGAUGUGGAUGAACCACCACUAUUUUCCAUGCCUUCCUAUGUCAUGGAAGUGUAUGAAAAUGCCAAGAUCGGGACCAUCGUUGGCACAGUUCUGGCACAAGAUCCUGACAGUGCUAACAGUUUAGUAAGAUAUUUCAUCAACUACAGUGUUGAAGAGGACAGAUUUUUCAACAUUGAUGCCAAUACUGGAACCAUUAAGACUUCCAGGGUUCUUGACAGAGAGGAAACUCCAUGGUACAACAUCACAGUUGCUGCUUCAGAAAAUGACAACCCUGGUUUGCUGAGCCAUGUCACAGUGGGUAUUAGAGUUCUGGAUGUCAAUGACAAUCCACCCGAACUUGCCAGGGAAUAUGAUAUUGUUGUGUGUGAAAAUUCUAAGCCUGGCCAGGUUAUUCAUACCAUCAGUGCUACUGAUAAAGAUGAUUUUGCCAAUGGACCACGGUUUAACUUCUUUCUUGAUGAACGCCUUCCUAUGAAUCCAAACUUCACCCUUAAGGACAACGAAGAUAACACAGCCAGCAUUCUGACAAGGCGGAGGAGAUUUAGUCGAACUAUUCAGGAUGUGUAUUAUCUGCCCAUUAUGAUCUCUGAUGGUGGAAUCCCCUCUCUCAGCAGCAGCAGCACCCUCACCAUCAGGGUUUGUGCGUGCGAGAGAGAUGGGCGCGUGCGGACCUGCCACGCAGAAGCCUUUCUGUCCUCCGCCGGCCUGAGCACUGGGGCCCUAAUCGCUAUUCUCCUCUGUGUUGUCAUCCUCCUCGCCAUUGUAGUACUUUUUAUCACCCUGAGGCGCAGUAAAAAAGAGCCCCUGAUCAUUUCUGAGGAAGAUGUGCGAGAGAACGUGGUCACCUACGAUGAUGAAGGAGGUGGGGAGGAAGACACUGAGGCCUUCGACAUCACAGCCUUGAGAAACCCUUCCGCUGCUGAGGAACUCAAGUACAGGAGAGACAUCCGACCGGAAGUGAAGCUCACUCCAAGACACCAGACACUAUCUACCCUGGAAAGCAUAGAUGUUCAGGAGUUUAUUAAGCAAAGACUGGCUGAAGCAGACCUAGACCCCAGUGUUCCCCCAUAUGACUCUCUUCAGACUUACGCCUACGAGGGUCAGAGAUCAGAGGCUGGAUCUAUCAGCUCACUGGAUUCAGCCACCACACAAUCAGAUCAAGAUUAUCACUACCUUGGAGACUGGGGACCAGAGUUUAAAAAGUUAGCUGAACUCUAUGGCGAAAUAGAAUCUGAAAGAACAACUUAGUGGCUGAUCCUUACAACUUUGUGGACUUUACUUCCUGAACAAGUGAAGAUGUAACCUCAGCUGUGACAAGGAAGACGCUUGCAAACUGUUCUUGUAACUGAACAAACUGCACAGCUCUUGUAGAAACAAGUGCCCUUUUUAUAAGCAAAACUGGGUUAUAUAAUUGGAAGAAUGUCAAAUAUAAAACAUACAGAGAAAAAGCUAUUAUUCCUUGUGUAUAUUUUCAGUUGCUCAAUAAAGUCUGUCCUAUGUUUAAUGAAGAAUAACUGAAAUAAGCCAAACAAUGAAUAUUUGUUGCAAUGCUUGUGACAUUGACAAAGGGGCUCAAAGUCAAGAGAAUUACAACUUAUAGGGGUGGUACAACUGCAAAGAAAAAGUGUGAAAGUAAUCAUGAGCAUUUCCCACUUUUCUGGUUAGACCCUGGAGACCCACACUCGUGUUACUGUGGCAGCCCUCAUGAGUCUUGCUGUUUUUAAGUCACACGAGGAAUUCCCAGUGUAUCAGGCCGCUCUGUCAUGGACUGUUCUGUACCAUUUCCCUGUGCCCUCCCCAGGUCUUCUCUCCAUACCAAAUGGAUGGAGCAUGGGGAUUUGCUGCCUGCACUCUAAUGUAUGCAAUUUUGGUGCACACCUGUGCACCGAUUGUCUCUGUCCCUUCUGUCCUCUUUCAUUUUAACAAGAGAUCCCCCUUUUCUAAAUACAAACAACAGAUGAUUUAAAAUAAACUCCAAUAAAGCCAAGAAGACUUUACAUUAAAAAAAAACAAAACAGCUAAAACCUUAUCCUGUGUGACAUGUUAUGGAACAUUGAGUUUCUCUUUUGUUUGCACAUGUGAAUUGGCAAUUUUAAAUCAUUUCUGUAACUAAAAUUAAUCGUCCAAAGUUUCACUGAUUAGUUUAUACUGCAGUCUGCUUACCGAUUAAUGUCAUGAAUACUUAUCCAACAAAUGUGCUUCACAUGAUAACAUUGUAGCUUGAAAAAAGACAUCUAUAUGAACAUUAACUUUGUAGACUCAUGGUUGAAUGACCUUCCUUGUUUACACACAUUCAGACUCUUCCGAUUUCACUAUGUGAUUAGUUCCCACAUGUUUGGUAUCUAUAGGAAAAUAUGUAGGAUUUGGCACAAAAAAUAGGAGAUUCACAUGUUUCCUUGGACACAGUCUUGAAAGUUUAGAGCUUCAUGGUUUGAGAAUCACAAAUAAAAAUGACACUGACUUCCCUGCCUACCUCACAGGGUUGUUGUGAGGGGCACAAGAGCAUCUGUAAAAAUAUUCUGCACACUGACAAGUCCUGUGCUGGAGAAAGCCUUGCUGACACUAAUGUUUAAAUCUUUACUUUAUAAAUAUAUUUACAUACAUUUUGCAUAAAAUAUGUUAUUAUGGGAGAAUUUCAUGAAACAUUCAACUACUGUUUAAAUAUAUAACAUACAAAUCUCAUUAUUUUACUAGUUUCCUAAGCAAUCUAAUUUUCUUAGCAUUUUUUGAGGCUUUGGUUUUCCAAGUUGUUAUAAAUAAUAUUUUAUUGUUGUUGCUAUUGGCCUUGAAGUAAAAUUUCACAGCAUACUGAUGCUAGUCACUAGGUGUGAUAUCAUCUUUGUAUUUGCGGUUCAUUGAAAGUUUUAAAUCCAUGAAAUAAGAAUCAUUUGAAGGGGGAGAUUUUCUUUUACUCUAAAAUUUUUCGCCAUCUAGUGUUCCCCAAAGUUAGGACAUUUUCUGUCUGAUUAUGCCCCUGUGCAAAAAUUUGGAUUUUGCUUGUUUGCCACUGCCCUGUGCUAUAUUAUAUUCCAGUUUUGAGGCAUGGGAAGUAAGUUUAAUAUGAAUAAUUCUUAAUUUGUGUUUAAAUCUUGAGGAAUAAAAUAUGAUUUAAGCUUUUUACAACAUGUUAGCUUUCCAGAUGUUGCUUAAUUAAUUUUUACAUCAUAAUGGUGUAUAUUCCAGUGUAAAGCGGAACCAGACUGAGGGACUUGGAGGAGAGUGGGUUACGAAUGUCAAGCUCUGCUUAUGCUAAUUCUGAGCUCUGUGGUUGGAGAGGAACCUUGGCGAACCUGUGUGCAUCCUAGAGUUUUUACUUUGUUACGCAGAGAGUAUUUGGAAGAUCAGGUUUGGGAAGCCAAUAAUUUCUUUGGGUUUAGAUUUUAGAUAAACUACACAAGUAAGCAAAAAUACCUAGUUACUCUGCAGAGGAGGAAUGGAAAGAUGAAACUCUGUAUUCAUGGAAACAUUUAUACAAAAUCAAGGUCUUCUGUAGGAUUAUGGUAAGAAAAUACUUCCCU